AUGUCGGACGAUGAGGAAUACUACGAGUACGAGGAGGAUUUCAUGUACGAGGAUUUAGUCCCAGACAUGGUGGAUGACCUCGCCGCCUCCUCAUACUACGAAGCCGCCUUAUACGAAGACCCAGGAAUCGAUGUCGAAGACUACUUCAGCGACUGGGACUAUUAUUCAGACGAUCACUAUGACGACGACCCAACCGCCGAACGGAGCGCAGAACGAAAGAAACGAACUGAUUUAGCGGCCACCGCGAAACGAAGAACAAAGGGACCCUCGCGCAAGACAACCACCUUCCCCACGAAAUCUCCUCUGUGUCCUGACCCGGCCACAUUUCAAGGCGUGUUGUGGAAAACCUCCGCCCUAGAUCGCGAUCAGGAUGUUGCCAUUCUCUACGAGCCUGAUUCGGGAGAGAAGGUUGCGCUCCUAGCGAACUGGCGCGAAGUCUUUAAAUCUGCACAGCCUGCGCUGGAUAAAUCGAAACUGAAAAGACGACCGGUGGAAAAUAGACUCGAUGAGGAGGCUGACAAUGAGAUGUCGGAGGACGAGUCCGGGGAUCGUGGCUCUGAUGACGAGGAUCUCGAUGAGCCUGAUACUUCGGACGAAGUAUCUGAUGGGGAAUCACUGCCUUCGGCGGUCGACACUGGUGAUGCUUCCAACACGACACCCGACCCGGAGCCGGAUGCUCGUGUCCCCAAGCUGGCGUCACCACCCAAGGUUGUGAUUCCUCUUAUAUCUAUGGACAAUGACACUCCCAGCACUCCUUCGGCUCCCACAAAGGGCGCGAAGAGGGGGCGCAAGCGGAAGGCCGUGCCACAAGAUGACUCCAUUGAGGAGUCGGAGCCCCGCUCUAAGAGGAUCGAGUCGCGCAAAGGAGGUGGUGAGCGGACUGAUUCGCCUGCGCCAGUGCGCAGGUCUGCCAGGCAAAAGAAGUAA